AUGUCUCAGCUUGGAAGCUUGGCCGCAGACGGCGAUGUUCGCCUUCACGAGAAAGAGCGUGAGGCCAUUGAUAGCUUCCCUGUUGACUCCCCCGGUCCUGGUACCGUUCGCCCCCAACAUCGCAGGCUGCACGAUACCUCUGUUACCUUUGAGGAAUAUCAUCACUAUGCGAACCUGACUCGUGUCGAGGAGGACAAUUCCACUACCCCGGAGACUGGAUUUCUCACCAUUCUUUUCCCACCUAAGAGUGAUGGCGGUGUUCAAAAAAUUGAGGGAGGCAAGGAUGCUACUGCAUUGAAUACCAGUGAUCCAGCAACCCGCAUGACGAUUACCGAUGACGAGUGGAGUAAUGCGUCGCGUGCCCUAAGAACUGCUACUCGUGGUGCGAUCUUUUAUCUGAUCACUACUGAUAUUCUGGGUCCAUUCGGUCUCCCUUACGCAUUUGCGACUAUGGGUUGGGGUCCCGGUAUCGCUUUAUACACUGUUUUCGCUGGCCUUGCUGGAUACUCUGGAUACCUUCUUUGGGAUACCUUCCUCGGCUUGGACUCGUACCAAUUCCCCCUUCGCAGCUUUGGUGAUAUGGGCUUUCGUCUCUACGGCCCAUGGAUGCGCCACUUGUUCAACUUCCUCCAAAGUGUUCAGCUAUUGUUAAACGUUGGUCUGAUUGUGAUUUCUAACGGAGAGGCCUUGUCUCAAGCAGCCAAGUUCAAGCUCUGCUACAUCAUCUGCUGUUUGAUCUGGGCACUUGUUGGAUUCUUCCUUGGUCAGGUCCGUACCCUACAAAAGUUUGGAUGGCUCGCCAACGCUGCUGUUUGGCUGAAUCUGCUUUGCAUGUUUGUCACUAUGGGUGGUGGUGCUCACACUCCUCCCAACUACACUGCUUACACCGAGACUGCGGGCAUCACCAUCGGCAAUGGAUCAUCAGUCAUGCCUAUCACGAACGCCGAUGGAUCCAUCUCCUGGCCUCCCGUUAAAACCACCGCCGGUCUUCCGGAUCCUAGUGAUUUCACUGCAACCAUUAGCGGUGCGAUGCAGGCUGUCUUCGCCUACGGUGGUGCGAUGGUUUUCCCCGAGUUCAUGGCCGAAAUGAAGCGUCCCAAGGAUUUCUUGUCCGGAAUGUGGGCUGCGCAGACAUUCAUCUACGUUUGCUACAUGUUCUACGGUCUGUUCAUGUACGGCUACCAGGGACAGUACUCCAUCAACCCUACCUACCUCGGUAUCAGCAAGUACAGCAUCCAGACCACUGGUAACGUCUUUGCUAUGUUGUCUGGUGUUAUCGCUGCCGGUCUGUACGGUAACAUCGGUGUCAAGGUUAUCUACAGCAAUAUCUUCGUCGAGUUCUUCCGCUUCCCUCCUCUCACAACCAGAACUGGCAAGUUCAUGUGGGUCGCCCUGAUCCCAGUCUACUGGGCCAUCGCGUUCGUCCUGGCUGCCGGUAUUCCCAGUUUCUCUGGUCUUACGACUGUUGUUGCUGCAUUCUGUAUUCUGCAGUUCACUUACACCUUCCCUCCGAUGCUGGCAACACUUUUCUGGGUCCAGAAAUACGCCUUGGCAGAUGGUGAAGGCUUUGAUCCUACCACUGGUGCGACCGUGCUCCAAGACCGAGGCUUCAAGCGUUUCGCUCGUGGAUUCCGCAGCAUGGGCACCAAGCGCAUGGUUCUUAGCACCUUCAAUGUGUUCUACUUCUUGGGUGCGCUGUCUUUGGCUGGUCUUGGUGCUUACUCCGCUAUCAUCUCAUUGAAGGCUUCGUACGCGUCGAGCGUUACUACCGCGUUCACCUGCCACAGUCCUUUGGAUGGUUAG